UGCCCCCCCCGGGCCGGCCGGCGGUGCCAAGCGGCGCUGCGCUUUAUUUUUGGCUCGGCGGCGGCAGAGCCGGGCGGUCCUGAGGGAGCAGCCUCAGGCGGGCGGCAGCUCCCCCGCGCCCAGGCCCUCCUCGGCCCACCGCGGCCUCAGCCCUUCGCCCGCCAGCGCCCGCCCCAGGCCCGGGGCCGGCGCGGGGGAACGCGCGGUGGCGGAGCCCGGCUGCCCGCGGCCAGCCCCUUUCCACCAGCAGACAAGGCCAGACUGCCCCCAGCCAGGAGCCAGAGAUGACCAAGGAAGAAGAGCUACCAGACUGGAACUCAUCCAAGGAGUUUUAUGAAAAAUAUGAGCCAAAGGAGAUUUUGGGCAGGGGGGUGAGCAGCGUCGUCCGGCGGUGCAUCCACAAGAUCACCCGGCAGGAGUACGCCGUGAAGAUCAUCGACAUCACCGCGGGCAACAUCUCCCCCAAGGAGGUGCAGGAGCUGCGGGAAGCCACCGCUAAAGAGAUCGACAUCCUUCGGAAGGUCUCAGGCCACCCCAACGUCAUCCAGCUGAAGGACAGCUACGAAUCCAGCACCUUCUUCUUCUUGGUGUUUGACCUGAUGAGAAGAGGGGAGCUUUUUGACUACCUCACUGAAAAAGUCACCUUGAGUGAGAAGGAAACCAGGAAGAUCAUGCGUGCGCUGCUGGAAGUGAUCCAGUACCUCCACUCCAUCAACAUUGUCCACCGAGACCUGAAGCCAGAGAACAUCCUCCUGGAUGAUGACAUGAACAUUAAGCUGACAGACUUUGGCUUCUCCUGCCAGCUGCAUGAGAAUGAGAAGCUCAAAGAGAUCUGUGGCACACCUGGCUACCUGGCCCCCGAGAUCCUGCAGUGCUCCAUGGAUGACGAGCACCAAGGCUAUGGGAAGGAGGUUGAUAUGUGGAGCACCGGGGUGAUCAUGUACACCUUGCUGGCCGGCUCGCCCCCCUUCUGGCACCGCAAGCAGAUGCUGAUGCUGCGGAUGAUCAUGAACGGGGACUACAACUUCGGCUCUCCGGAGUGGGACGACCGCUCAGACACCGUCAAGGACCUCAUCUCCCGGUUCCUGGUGGUGGACCCACGGCAGCGGUACACGGCCAGCGAGGCGCUCGCCCACCCCUUCUUCCAGCAGUACGACGUGGAGGAGGUUCGGCACUUCAGCCCCUUCCGGAAGUUCAAGGUGAUCUGCCUGACGGUGCUGGCCUCGGUGCGGAUCUACUACCAGUACCGGCUGCUGAAGGCGGUCACCAGGGAGCUGGUGGUGCGCGACCCCUACGCCCUGAAGCCUGUCCGCAAGCUGAUCGACGCCUGCGCCUUCAGGACCUACCGGCACUGGGUGAAGAAGGGGGAGGCCCAGAACAGAGCUGCCCUCUUCGAGAACACCUGCAAGGCCAUUUUGCUGACCUUGGCAGCCGAGGAGGAGCUCUUCUGAGGGCUGCUGCCUAAGCUGGCUCAGUGGAGUAAAACAACUGAAAACCAA